UUUAAUUCCCAUAAACAAACACACAUCACCAUCAGUCCAUCACCUAUAUUCUGUCAUCCUCCCACAAUAACCUCGUCCUUCUUCUUCACUUUCACCCUCUCUCCCUUUUUUCUCUACACAUUUUCCUCAUAAAUAACAGCUUCCUCUAUUAACUAUUUCACUCUUUAGCAGAAAAAAAAAAGAACUUAUUUUAGCUCAUAGAGUUAUUUUAUCCUUCCAUAUUUUACUUGUAUCAUUUGCCUAUGGCUAAGAGUUAAAGAGGAAGAAAAAAACACAAGUUGUUUCUGUUCUAGGGGCUCAUUCUUCUUUUAGGCUAAUCUUGGAAAUAUCACUUUCUUGAAAAAAAAAAGAUUUUCAUGAAGGAAAGUUUGAAUCUUUUUUCAGUUUUUGUAAACCCCAUAUUUUGAUCUGGGUGUUUUUUUUUUCUCCUUCAUUUGAGUGUAAAAAAAGAAAAAAAAAUGAUUUCACUUUUAGACCUUUACCAUGUUUUAACUGCUGUAGUUCCACUAUAUGUAGCUAUGAUAUUAGCUUAUGGUUCAGUAAAAUGGUGGAAAAUUUUCAGUCCAGACCAAUGUUCAGGGAUAAACAGAUUUGUUGCUCUUUUUGCAGUUCCAUUACUAUCUUUUCACUUCAUUGCUUCUAACAAUCCUUAUGCAAUGAACUACAAAUUUAUAGCUGCUGACACUUUACAAAAAGUCAUAGUUCUUGUUGUUUUAGCCAUUUGGUCAAGAAUUAGUUCAAGUGGGUCCCUUGAAUGGUCUAUUACUUUGUUUUCACUUUCAACUUUACCAAACACAUUAGUUAUGGGAAUCCCUUUGUUAAAGGGAAUGUAUAGUAAUGAAUCAGGUAGCUUAAUGGUACAAAUUGUUGUUCUUCAGUGUAUUAUUUGGUACACUUUGAUGCUUUUUUUGUUUGAGUAUAGAGGUGCUAGAAUGCUUAUUGCUGAACAGUUUCCUGAAAAUGGAGGGGAAAUUGUGUCAUUUAAAAUUGAUUCUGAUGUUAUAUCAUUAGAUGGAAAAGAGGCACUUGAAACUCAAGCUGAGGUUGGUGAAGAUGGGAAAUUACAUGUAACUGUUAGGAAAUCAACUAGUUCAAGGUCUGAAAUAUUUUCAAGAAUGUCACAUAUGACUCCAAGACCAUCAAAUUUGUCUAAUGCUGAGAUUUACUCUUUGCAAUCUUCAAGAAAUCCAACACCUAGAGGUUCUAGUUUUAACCAUAAUGACUUGUGCUCAAUGGUGAAUGGCAAGAAUGUCAAUAUGAGUCCUAGGACAUCAAAUUAUGGUAAUUUGGGAUUUGAUGAGGAGAGGGGGAAUGUGGGGUACCCUGCACCUGCUAAUGCUGGGAUUUUUUCUCCGGCGACCGGACCGGGGACUAAGAAGAAGGCUAAUAAUGGGAUAGAAGGUGGAAAAGAUCUUCAUAUGUUUGUUUGGAGUUCAAGUGCUUCACCAGUAUCUGAAGGAGGGAUUCAUGUUUUUAGAGGAGGAGACUAUGGUAAUGAGCUUGGCAUUGGAGCUCACCCUAAAGAUUAUGAUGAUUUUGGGCGAGAAGAGUUUGCUGUCGGGAAUAAAAAGAACUCCAAUGGAUGUCGAGAAGAGCCAGUGCUAAAGAAGCUUGGAUCAAGCUCUACGACCGAGCUGUUUCCCAAGACUGCUAAUGAAACUAAGGCUACUGCUAUGCCUCCUGCUAGUGUUAUGACCAGACUUAUUCUGAUUAUGGUGUGGCGAAAACUUAUUAGGAACCCAAAUACUUAUUCUAGUCUCUUUGGCCUCACUUGGUCCUUGAUCUCAUUCAGGUGGAACGUUGAGAUGCCUGCAAUUAUAGCUAAGUCGAUAUCAAUUCUCUCUGAUGCUGGUCUUGGAAUGGCAAUGUUUAGUCUUGGUUUGUUUAUGGCGUUGCAGCCCAGAAUGAUUGCUUGUGGAAAAACAAUUGCUACUUUCUCUAUGGCAGUGAGAUUCAUCACCGGUCCAGCAGUCAUGGCUGCUGCCUCCAUCGCUGUUGGACUUCGAGGUGUUCUUUUGCAUAUUGCAAUAGUUCAGGCAGCUCUACCUCAAGGAAUCGUUCCUUUUGUCUUUGCAAAAGAAUACAAUGUUCAUCCUGAUAUUCUUAGCACAGGGGUUAUAUUUGGGAUGUUAAUAGCUCUUCCAAUUACUUUGGUCUACUACAUUUUGCUGGGGCUUUGAUGCUGAAGACAGUAAUGCUACAGAAUCUAUUAAUCUCAUAGGAAAUGACUUUUUUUGCCACUGCUUUUUAUGGCUUCUAACAGAAACAUAAGCUCUCACUUCUCAGUAGAUUAGAAUUAUUUUGUUGUCUAUUUAUGCCUUCUAUUUUUGAACCUUGUGUUAUGCAACGUUAUUUACUAACUUAGUUGCUUUUCAUGAAGUGAAACUCAUUUCUCCA